CUGCUGCGCUUUUCUUUCUCUUAUCUCCAGCUUCGUCUUUUGCUCUGUUUUCUGUUUCAGAUCUGCUUCCUUUGCCUUCUUCUUUUGCUGUUUUUCUACCAAGAUGACUGUCGACCAAUCCGAAAGAUACAAGUUGAUUGAGACCACUGAUCCCAAAAUCAUUAGCUUGUGUCACUCCGAAAAUUCCAAAAGUUGGAGGUUCAAAUUGUCCACUGAUGCUUAUGUUCAAAGGGAGUAUUUGUUAGGUAGACAGAAGGUGUGCAACCCAAAUGAUUCUGACGAUAAGGACGAUCUAUUGGGUCUCAAGUACUACUACUUCAAGGACUGUUCUCAGGAUCUAAUUAUAGGUGGCUGUGAAUCCCUAGCAAGAUACUAUUACAAGAUCGACGCCACCACCAAGAAACCAACUAGAUUUAUUUCACCAUGUAUUGGUGGUGUUUAUAUUUUUCCUCACUACAGAGCUAAAGGAUUGGGUAAAAUCAUGUUGAUUCAAUUAAAUCAAAUUUUAUUGCAAAAAUAUGGCCAGGAUUCCUUUUCGACAUUAUACUCCGAAGUUGGUGAUUAUUAUGAUAACUUUGGCUAUACCUCAAAACCAAUAAACCUCUCAAAAUUACCUCCAAUUGAACCUCCAUCUGUUUAUGAUGAAUCAAACUCCAUUGACUCAAAUGGUUUCUCAAUUGUGCCAAUUUCAAGAUUCGAUUUAAAACCCUUAACUGAUAUUGAUAAUGAAGCUUUACAACAAAAAUUGUUGUCAAAUUUCAAUAGUGAUCAAGUCACUAGAGUCUCCUGUGUCCCAGAUCCAAAUGUAUACAUAUGGCAUUUUGCUAGAGCCAUUUUUACUUUACCUGUCUUGGGCCACGAAAAGCCCUCUCAGUUUGGUAUCAAAUUGCUUAAUCCUAAUAACAAUAGUCAAAUAGUGGGUUUUAUUAUUUGGACUUAUAACGUUCAUGGCGAUGAAAACGAAUUAUUCGUAAUCAAAUCUUUCGUCGAUGAAACUAAUUUAUCAAUUGGUGAUCAAAUUAAAGUAUUUAAAUCUCUUAUCAAUUUAUCUCAGUAUCAUGCGUACCAAAAGAAAAUGGAUUUAAUUUUAUUAUGGCAAAGUGAAAUCCCUACUGCAAUUAAUAAAUUAAUCCUUAAUUGGUUUCAGAAUGAUUUAGAUGGUGAAAUUGAUCAAAAAAAUUCCUCAAUCUCAGCAAUUAAAUUUCAUAACAAAUUGCAAAAUGAUUCUCCUUUCAUCUGGGAACAAAACCUGAAAUUUUGCUGGUUUUAAUUCAAAAUCAGUUUCAGUUUCAGUUUCAGUUUCUUUUCAAAAUUCAUAUUCAAUUUUUUUUUUCUAUCUCUUUCUAUACAAUAGUUUCU